UGUGGCGGCCUGCCCUGCCUUGCCUGUCCUGUCGGCCCCCCCUCCCCUUCCGUCGCCACCACAGCAAAAGCAAACCCUCGUCGCUUCCAUCCCGCAUCUCGCCGCCGCCGCCGCCGCCGCCGGCGGCGGGCACCUCGAACGAACGCGCUCACCUCGGAUCUGCGCCUCGACGGACUCCCAACGAACGUCACUGAACGGACGGACGCCGGAUUCGCCUGCUCGAUCGCGGCGCCACCACCGCCGGAUUUGACAACGCCAGACACACGACCCCCGCUCGCCUCUCCGGCAUAGAGCCCCUUCCAUGCAGCCGAGGUCGCGCAUUCGUGGCCGCGACCCACCCUCAGGGGGAGGGGGAGGAGGUGGUGGAGGACGCUACCGCCGCCGCUCACCGCCGCCUCCCUCGCCGCGCCACCAGCGCCGCCCUCCCCAGCCACAGAGGCGCAGCCGCGAGCGGCCUCCGCCGCCGCCGCUGCGCUACGGCGACAAUCCCCUCCCCGACAUCGCCGCCGCCGACCGGCGUUCGCGCGCCGACAUCCUGCUCGAGGCCGGCCGCCUCGCCGCGCACUACUUGGUCGAACAAGGCGUCCUCCCCGUGCGCGUCCUCCGGGCCAGGGAAGACCCCAAUCACAAGCCCGCCCCACACCACGAGCCACCCGCCCCCUCUCCCGCCACCUACGGGAGGAAGCUAGACGACCAAGACGACCCGAGAUCGCAGCGGAAUGCUGGGGACUGGGGCCGCGGGAGGGAGGAGCACGACAGGCAACCCCGGAGGUCCAACUGGGACAGGAGGAGCCAAAGCUUUGACGGCAGGCGUAAGUACAACGACGCCGGCGAUGUCGAACGGGGUGGCCGCCGGACGCGCGAGUACGAAGAGCCCAAGAGACCCCCAAUGUCGAGGUCCUAUUCACAUAACGAUCGCCGCCCUUCCGCUGAUAGCAGAGUGGAUCGAAGGAGAAGGAGCAGGAGCAGGAGCAGGAGUCGAAGCAGGACCAGGAGCUACCACGCUGGCAGUAGGAGAGAUUCAGACUGCCGAGCAGGCAGUCGUGAUUUCAAUCGCACCAAGGUGCCAGACUCUGGCAUUGUUCCUGCUGCUGAUGGUGAUGGUGAUGGUGAUGAAAUGACAAGGCAGCAGAGGGUACCUAGUUCAGUGGCGGUUGCAGAGGCGGAUGGCAGAGCCAAUCGGGCAAUGGCUAUGGAAGGCGGUGAGUUUGCUCAAGACAUUUCUGAAGACGAGGAAGGUGAGUUUGCUCAAGACAUUUCUGAAGACGAGGAUGGUGAGUUUGCAGCUGCUCCCUUGAAUGAUGAAUAUGGUGUUGGAAUGGAUGUCACCCUGCCUGAACUGUCUGAUGUCGAUGUUCAUCUUCAUCCAUCGGAAUCUGUUGAAGAGCUGGUGUGUAGCCAGUCCCAGCUCAGCAAUGUUGUAGUGGAAAUGGAAGCUGCCAGUGCACCCAUGGAUGCGUGUUUGAUAGAACCGUUGGGUGAGGACAAUUGCUGCUCUGAAGUAAGGGACGAAAUGGAGGCUCCACCUCCACAGAGUGAAGUUGAGACUAGUGUUGGUGAUCUUAACAGGGAUGAGGAACAAGAGCUGCCAGCUUGGUACAAAAUUUUUGACCUCAGCAAUGUAGAAGCUCCAGAUGGCUGUGAAAUUACUGAGAUUCCUGGUGAUCCUCCCACAGAUCAUGUUUCUGAUUCUGCACCUUAUUCAGCUGGUCAGAUACACCAGCAACCUAACAAUGAUGCUUCAGACACUCAAGGUGAAGAUGAGCACGCAGGGGAUAAUCGCGUAUUGGGCGAUGGGCAUGGUUUCAACAAGUAUGAUCUGAACAAUGAGGCUGAUGAACACGCACAGGAUGAUACUUCAGGAAUUCAAGGUCAGGAUGAGCAUGCGGGGGAUAAUCACACGUUGAAGGAUGGACAUGAUUUUAAUAGAUAUGAUCUGAACAAUGAGGCUGUUGAAGAUGCACAGGAUAAUCACCUGUUGGACAAUGAGAAAUUACUCCUAAAUCAUGUGAUGGGUGCACACGAUACGGAUAGAUUCCACCUGAGCAAUGGGCAAUUGCUUCUGAAUCAAAAUGAAGAUGAACAGGAAUGUGAUGACCACCGGAUGGAGAACUACCCCGUGAGUGGUGAGCAGCUCCUGCUAAGUCAUGGUGCGGACGGACAUCAUGUCAAUAAUCACCAAAUGGAAUCAAAGGUCAUGCUUUUACCUACAGUUGUGCGUGAUUUGCAUGGGUAUGAUCUGAAUAGUGAGCAAAUGCUUCUACAUGAUGGUGUAGAGAAACAUGCACUUGAUAGUUGUCAUUUGAUGGAUGGGCAAAUGCUUUUCGAUCAAUCAGCAGAUGGACAGGCUAGAGUACACAACAUGGGCAAUGGGCAAACAAUUCCUGUAAUUAAUCUGGAAGAUGACUACGAAGAGCAGUCUGAUACUAGGGGGGUUUUCUAAUCCAAAAGGUAUGAAUGCCUGGAACCUGCCAUCCUCGGAGCUCGGGGAAUCCCAUGUUUGUGCAGUGGGCCCCAAGAUUCUGAGCCAGCUCGAUGGUAUCCUGGACGACGGGCGGAUUUGGUGAAGCUGGUUGGUCGGUCAUAGUUGUGUAAGGUGUGUGAGACGGUAGUCCUUUUAGAUUGUUACAACCAACUCGUUAGUUUGUAUGCUGUGAUUUUCUUUGCUGGUAUUAGGGUAGAUGAUGAUGAUGAGGUCUGGCCGGCCGCCGCGGGCAUAGCCAGUAGGCGUAGCUGAAUACUAGCUAGCUAGGUGACAUGACGUGGCACAUACAUAAUUUUGACUAGCAUGCAUGCUGUGCGCAAGGCAAGCUCAUUUA